AUGACAAAAGAAACAUUAAGAGAAAAAUCAAACAAAGCAGAAAAAUAUAUUUCCCUUAAGGCUGCUUUAGAUUCAAUUCAUCAUGAACUACAAGAAUUGUAUAAAAAUAGUUUUAUUGAUAAUAAUUAUCAAAAAUGA